AUGGAGAAGCGCGAGCGGCUUCUCAAGUCCUCCGAGGAACUCGACAGCGCCGACGUAGGAAAGCAGCUUAAGGAACUCGACGGCCUUCGUCAGGUGUGGGAGGCCUUUUCGACCAAGCGAAAGCAGCUGCUCAGCACCUUGGCCAUGAGCCAGAGCGACCCGGACGAGGACAUGCGCGCCCUUGCCACGGAAGAGCUUCCCCUGAUCGAAGAGGAGCUCGCCGAAGCUCGAACACAGAUGGAAGAGCUCGUACUCUCGUCCAUUACCGACGCGAUAGAAGCUCAAGCUGUGGGCGCCGUGCUUGAAGUCAGGCCUGGCGUGGGUGGCCAGGAGUCGACUCUCUUCACCGCCGAGGUGGCGCGCAUGUACGAGAGAUUCUGCGAGCAAAAGCCCGCCGACGAGGACGGAUCAGGCGAGUGGCAGGUGGAGAUGCUAUCGAGCACGAGCGUCGACGUAUCCACCUCCUCUUCAGGCUCGGGUGCCGGGCUCAAGGAGGCCAUCAUCGAAGUCAAGGGCAGGGGGGCGUUCCAGAAGCUCAAGUUCGAAGCAGGCGUGCAUCGAGUGCAGCGCAUUCCGGCCACACAGAGCUUGGGGAAGCUGCAGACGUCGACGAUCGCUGUGAUGGUACUGCCCAUCUCGGAGGGCUCCGAGAACAAGGCGGACGACUUGGUCGAUCCCAAAGAUGUCAAGGUCGAGGUGAUGCGAUCGCGCGGCGCAGGUGGUCAGCACGUCAACAAGACCGAGUCGGCCAUCCGACUCACACACGAGCCCACCGGCAUCACCGUCUCCAUGCAGGAUAGCCGCUCGCAGCAUCAGAAUCGCACCAAGGCAUGGGCGGUCCUGAGAGCAAGGCUUCUCGACCGCAGACUCAAGCAGGAGGUCGAGGGGAACCGCGAGCGUCGACUCGCUCAGGUGGCCAGCAUGGACCGAAGCGAUCGCGUCCGCACCUACAACUUCCCGCAGGACCGCGUUACCGACCACCGCGUCAACCUCAGUCUGAACGGCAUCGACUCCAUCAUGGAGGGCGAGCACGAGCCGGGCACUGGGCUCGACUACAUCAUGGAAAGCCUGCAUAUCGAAAGCGAUACGCGAAAGAUCAAGGCUCUGCUCGAGAGCGAAGAGGCCGAAGCUGCUCAAGCGUCGGCAGGCAAGAAGUGA